AUGAGAGGCCUUGCGUGGUCCGCCACAGACGACGUCUUCCCCACCACAGAAGACGAGGCGCAGUUUCUCAAGCAGCACAAUCUGACUUGGUCCUCCCUACAGCAGCUUAAAGAAGCCGCUCUCGGCACAAGAGAAGGAAUGGGCAGAUUCACAGAGUUCCUCCGGGGCACGUCGGGGUCUCACCUCUUCCAUUUCUGGAUGGACUGCGAGGAAUUUAAGGAGCACACAGGAGACCUUGAAGCCAACCGUGACCCGGAGCAGUCCAGACUCCUGUCCGUCCGCCUCUUCAGGUUCAUUCAUAGCAAGUACCAGAUGUCCCUCGGCGCUGAAAAUCUGGAGCAGAUCCGGGUGUCUCAACUGAACUGGGGCCCAACGUUCCAUGCUUUUAGGAGAUCCCAGUACGAUGCCUUGAGACGCCUGCGCUCCUACUGGAUCCCCAGAUUUCUCAUCCACCAACAGAGGUCACAACGCAGAGCUCAUCGCUCCGAGGCGGUUCCCGGCAGUUUUCCACCCGCUAAUAAACCAAGAAGCGGCCCGGAUCACAGCGAGUCAGAGAGGAAAAAGAAAUCCAAAGCGCCGAGCGAGAAGCCAGCCUCGGGGUCUGACAGCCAUGUGGGCCGCGGCGAUGUAUCCAGAGAGAUCCGCGGGGGCGUAUCCAGAGAGAUCCUCGUCGGCGUAUCCAGAGAGAUCCGCGGCGGCGCAUCCAGAGAGAUCCGCAGCGCCGUAUCCAGAGAGAUCCUCGUCUGCGUAUCCAGAGAGAUCCGCGGCGCCGUAUCCAGAGAGAUCCGCGGCGGCGUAUCCAGAGAGAUCCGCGGCGCCGUAUCCAGAGAGAUCCACGGCGCCGUAUCCAGAGAGAUCCGCGGCGGCGCAUCUAGAGAGAUCCGCGGCGCCGUAUCCAGAGAGAUCCGCGGCGCCGUAUCCAGAGAGAUCCGCAGCGAUCUGCUUCUCCGCAGGUUACAUUCAGCUCUGCGGAGUGACCGGGAAGCCGGAGGGGCAUUUCUUCACUACCUCAAGAGAUUCGAGUCGCCGCAGAAAGCUCGGGCUUUGCUUCUGUGGAAGGAUCUGGGCGACCUCAGCGAACGGCAGUCACAGCAAACGCACGACGAGCGCCAUCGGCAAGCAGCCGGAUACAUCGACGACGUACACCUCGGCCCCAACGCCUUCCGCGCGGCCUCUGAAAUCCCGAGCGCCGCCGGCUCAUUCCCCGCCGGGACGUUGCUGGAUUGGGGAUCUGCCUGCCAGGUGGCGUUGGCCGCUCUGUUCCAGCCCUGGAUCCGCUUCCUGCGUUACGAUAUCGCCGUGUUCCUGGAGUUCUGCGCCCCGACACUUUUCCAGGAGGAUAAGGAGCCGGCGGGGGCAACCGGCAGCCACAGACAGCCCGGGCAGAAAAGGAACAAAAAUGAAAGAGAACAUGGAAGUUUUACCCUCCAAGGAGGCAAAGUUCAUAGUAAAAGGAGAAAAGAGCGAUUAAUUCCUCCCCGGGAAGCGUCAGGACACGCCGGGGGUCAUCGGCAGGAUGCUGAGACUCUUAAGGAGAUGCUGCAUCACAGAGCUGUCUACAAGGUCUACAGGAACGUGGUACAAGACACAGAGGAGCCAGAGAUGUUGAAGGCCCUGGAGCUCCUGCGCGCUCUAACGGAGACCCAAGGAGAUCGGAGGCUGCUGGGCCUGGUGAAGAAGACGCUGGAGCUGGACGUUUUACUCAGUCCUUACACAAAGGGGCUGAGGAAGCGCUUGGAAAAGGAACUCCUAAAAGGACAGAUCAGAAGGUCUACCUUGGAGGAAACCACCGGCUUCCUGAGCUCACUUCUCGCAGAGUCCUUUGGAAAGUUUUGGGCUGAGAUGUCCGGGAGGCUGAAGGACUACGGCGUGGAGAAGCCUGGAGGCGAAGGAUGGGCUCGGAUUCAGCCAAUCCUUAAGGUUAUUGCCACCAAAAUAGUUUUAAAGCGCCUGCAGGGAAGAAAGAACCAGUCCUGUCACCCCGUAAAGACACUUCCAAGCGCAGAAGACAUAGACCUUUUCAACCAAGCGCUUCAGGUGGCAGCUCAAGGGUGGCCAACACCAGAGGUCCUACAUUUCCUAAGACACCUCCAGACGCAUGGACCACAGGAGGGUCUUCCCUUACUGGAGAACAACUUGCUGUGCUGCUUGGAGGUGCAAAAAUAUAAAAACAUCCAUCACCCCAUGCCAGACCGUGGGCUCGUGAAGAGGAAGGUCAAGGUCGUGAAGGAGAGAUUUUUGUUGCCACAGAUGAACCCCGUACUCCAGCUGUCGCCGGAGCUCCUGCAGAAAGCCCUACAAGAAGCCGAAGCGGCUGAGCAGUCAGAGCUUCCGCCACCAACCCUCUUUAACCAUCUUCAGGACGCGCUCCGGGACUCUCUGCUUCCAUUCUGGGCCGGCUUUCGGAAGACGUGGGUGAACCGAUCCCCGGCUAGCGCCCAAAGGCUCCCACUACUUAGAGUUCAGCAAAUGCUGAGAAGGCGCUUGGCCCUCUUUGAAUUAGAAGAGAUUCCCACCAAGACAUUCCAUCUACCGCCACUCAAGAACUUGCCCACCAGAAGAUUCCCAUCCAUGGUCACCUUCAGCUUCAGCAUCAGCAAUGGAGUCAAAAUAAUGGAGAACAGCCACCGAGAGACUCCAACUCCACAGGACAAUCGAAGGAUGUCUCGGGUUGGAGAGUUGCCACCGAUAAGUCAGAUGUCUCUAAGAACAAUGCAAAUGGCGGCCACCUAACUUUGGGUUCCAAGCCGACAAACCAAGAAAAUAAAAUAUUCUAUGCAGUGA